AGGAAUGAUGAAACCAACCACCCUCAAAGUUGAACAGUUUCUUCUCUUCUUCAUAACAUAACCCUCUCUAUUUGGUUAUUUCCACACGUUAACAUCAGUAUAUUCACUCUUGCAUGAUAUCCACUUGCCCACAGAAUAAGAAGAAGAAGAAGAAAAAUCUCAUAUCUUUAAGCGUUACCCAGAUAUACCGUAACUUCAUUCACAUAUUUCUCACGCAAACUCACCAAAAACAACAGUUUUAAAAGCUUGAGAAAAAAGUGUGAAAGAUGGGAAGAGAUCUUUGUGCAAGUGGGAAAAUGGAAGGGUUGAGAAGCUCAUGGUCCCAAAUGGAGAAAGCCUUCAACGAAGCUGUUUCAAAGAGCUUUGUUGGAAGGUAUUUCAAGUUGGAAGCAAGGAAGAGUUGUUUCACGAGGGAGCUUCGCGCUGCCACAGCCACUUUCCUGACCAUGGCCUACAUCAUCACAGUUAACGCCACCAUCAUUGGGGUCUCCGGCGGAACCUGCACCACAAAAGACUGCUCGUCUAUGGACUGUAAGGUGAAAUCUGACAUUGAGUACCAGAGUUGUCUGGCAAAGACAAAGAAUGACCUUGUUGUGGCCACGGCUGUUUCAGGCCUUGUUGGGUCUGUUGCCAUGGGCCUAUUCGCCAACCUCCCUUUGGGCCUGGCCCCGGGAAUGGGGCCCAACGCGUACUUCGCUUUUAACUUGGUUGGUUUUCAUGGUACUGGGCCGCUCUCAUACCAGACUGCACUGGCUGUGAUUUGUGUUGAGGGGAUUGUUUUUCUUUUGGUCUCAGCCCUUGGGCUGAGGGGGAAGCUUGCCAAGCUCAUUCCUCAUUCAGUGAGGCUUGGUUGUGCUGCUGGGAUCGGGCUUUUCAUCGCCUUCACGGGCCUGCAGGCCGGCCUCGGUGUCGGGCUUAUUGGGCCUGAUGCUGCUAAUCUGGUUACCAUCACUGCCUGCAAAGUUGUGGACCCGGAAACUGGGGCUUGCGUGGGUGGGAAACUGCAAAGCCCAAAGUUCUGGCUGGGCCUUGUUGGCUUCAUCAUCACAAGUUAUGGGUUGAUGAAGAAUGUCAAGGGAAGCAUGAUUUAUGGCAUUCUGUUUGUGACUUUGGUGUCUUGGUUUAGGCAUACUGAAGUGACUUAUUUUCCAAACACCCCACUUGGUGAUGCAAAUUAUAAUUACUUCAAGCAAGUGAUUGGCUUUCACAACAUUGAAUCCACUGCUGGGGUUCUUAGCUUUAGUGGUUUUAACAAAAGGGAAGUUUGGGUGGCCUUGGCUACCUUGUUAUAUGUUGAUGUGCUUGCCAUCACUGGCACUAUGUACACCAUGGCAGAGAUUGGUGGGUAUGUGGACGAGAAAGGACAAUUUGAAGGUGAAUACGUGGCAUACUUGGUUGAUGCAGGUAGCACCAUUGUGGGUUCUGCAUUAGGUGUGUCAACCACAGCAACAUUUGUGGAGUCAUCAGCUGGUAUGAGAGAAGGUGGUCGCACAGGACUAACAGCAUUUUUCAUUGGGUUUUUCUUCUUUCUGUCACUGUUUUUCACUCCUCUAUUGGCUAGUGUUCCUCCUUGGGCUAUAGGACCCUCACUUGUGAUGGUUGGGGUGAUGAUGAUGAAGGUGGUGAAGGACAUAGAUUGGACCAACACAAAGGAUGCAGUGCCUGCUUUUGCCACCAUGCUCCUCAUGCCUCUCACUUACUCCAUUGCAAACGGGAUCAUUGGUGGGGUUGGACUCUACAUUGCUCUUAGCCUCUAUGACUAUGCUGCAAGCAUCGUAAAUUGGUUGAGGAAGAUGAGGAGAAUGGUGGCCAAGGAACAAAACCAAGUUUCUGCUACUGCAGGUGUUGACUCGGCAGUGGAAAUGAUAUGAAUGUUAUAAUUUUGGUUAUCAAACGUGGACUUAUGGUGUUUAGUUUUAAUUAGUAGUCCUUGUUUAUAGAUUUUAGUUGAUAAUACAUGGGUUCUAGUCUAGAGUCGCAAGAUGAAUUGUAUUCAUAUUUCACAGUGUCAUCCUACAUAUAUUUUAGCAUAGUAGUUUGCUUCAUGAGUGGGAACUUGAUACUUGUGAGGGAACGUUGUUUGUAUUUAUUUAAGUUGGAGAGUAAAAUUUGUGGGUUGAUAUUUGCUGUAGUGCCUUAUAAGAGGAUGUUUGGUUUUUCGGUGA